AUGACUUCCAAUACCAUUCCUGAUGAGAAUAUAUCAGAAUUCUCUCCUCGCUCAUAUCAAACAGAAAUUAUGGAACAAGCUAGAUCAAAAAAUUUAAUCGUUUGUCUACCAACUGGUAGUGGAAAAACAUAUAUUGCUGUUAUGCUUAUUAAAGAAUUAUCACCUGUUAUUCGAAGAAAUCUUGAUGAUGGCGGAAAACGAACUAUUCUUAUUGUUAAAACUAAAGAACUUGCUCGACAACAUUGCAAAACUUUAAAUGAUCAUUUAGAUUUGAAAAUUAAAAGUUAUUCUGGUUCAUCGAAAAUUAAUCUAAGUGAUAACAAUCGAUGGAAGAUAGAAUUUGAAACUAAUCAAAUUUUAAUCUUUAUUGCACAAAUAUUUCUUAAUUUACUUGCUCAUAAUCUUUUUUCAUUAGAUAAAGUUAAUUUAUUAAUAUUUGAUGAAUGUCAUCAUGCAAUAGGUGAUGAUCCUUAUGCUUUAAUAAUGAAAAAACAUUAUAAUUCAUGUUUACAUCAUCCACGUAUACUUGGUUUAACUGCAUCAAUUAGUGGACAAAAAAUUGAACCAAAACGAUUACAAAAAGCUGCAAAAGAACUUGAAGAGAUUCUCCAUGCUCGUAUUGAAACUGGUUCGAAUCGAAUGGAAAUAACUGAAAAUAGUUUAAUUAGAAAUGCAAUGCGUAAACAACAAUGGAUUAAUGUUCUUCGAAAUAUUGAAAAAUUAAAAAAAUUACAUAGUAUUGAUCAAAAAUUAAAAGAAAUGGUUAAGGUAAAAAGAAAUUUAAUAAAAGACCUUUUUGUGUUUCUUUA